UCCUCUCCCCACAGAGCCCAUGUGAUCAAACAAACCAGACCACUGAGCAUGGCGUAGACCAAGGACACUGCUCUGAAGCCCAUGGAGCUACAGCCAGACACCAGCGACAAGGAGAACGUGCCCCCAAAGCCUGGGGCCCCCCUGAGGCCAGAGCAACAGAGAUUCCGAAGGAGCCUGGGCGUCGGCCUGGACAGUGGAUGUGGCCAGUGGGUGCCCAAGAGGGGAAGGCCUGCCGCCACACCCUCCCCAGGGGCAGUGCUGCACCAGGAGCCCGGUGGGGUCCAGACCAACCUUGCCAGCCCUGGUCCCCGCCUGGGCCUAGUCCUGAAGGACACCGUGGGCCCACGGGUCAAUUCAAGCUUCUGGCAACAGAGUAACGUGCAGCCCUCCGCUGGGAGGCCCCGGGGCAAGGCCCGAGAGUUUGCCCAGCAGAGUAACCUGAGCAUAAGCGAGACCACCAGCCCCCGCCUCUGGCCAGAGCCUCGGGAAAGCUUCGGGCCCCACGUGCUGCCCUGGGGAAGUCCCCUACCGCAAGGGCCACUGGCUCGCCCAUCCCGCAGCCUGAUGCAGUCCAGGCUGCUGGCCACAGACACCCACAGCCUGGACUUCAGGCCCGCUGCGGGCUUUGCGCCUCUCAAUGGGCGCACACAGCCAGGCCCCAGAUCCUGGCGUGGCCUGGGGAACUGGACCUCCAGGCUUGAGGGGGAACCCCUCACCCUGCAGGACCUGGCUGUCCCUGCCCAGAGCCAGGCUCGGGCCCCAUCCCACGCUGCCAUCCGUGAGCUACUGGCCUCCGUACGACGCCUGGAGCAGCAGGCAGCCCAUCUCAAGUGCAGGGUGUCCCGGGAGUCCCCAGGUGCUGCGCAGUGGGACCCCUGGCCCAGCAGUGGCCAGGCACCCCAGCCCAGCCGGCCUGUUCUUGCCGCCUGGCAUGAGAGGAGGAAGAGACACCCCCGAGGCCGCAGGAAAACUGCAGAUUUCCUCGAGACCCAGAGGGGUCAGGCUGGUCUCUCAGACUCCUGGACACACAGCAAGCCAGCGUUGCCAGACACCACUUUGGGGAUGCUGCCUGGAGAUCUUGACCCUGAGCAGGGGCCGCAUCCCGCCCACCCCCUAGGGCCCGGGGAGGACUGCUCCCCAGAGCCUGUGUGUGGCAGGGCACAGAGGGGCCACCCCCGUCUUCCCCAAGGGGUGAGCAGCAGGGAGGCCACACCCUGUUCUUCAGCCUUCUCUAGUGCAGCCCCGGGGGGCCUUCCUGGGCGGAAAGGAGAGGAGGGGCCCCCAAAGGAGCUGGCCAGCAGGGAGGAGGAGAGCACGACUUCCCGUCUGCCAGACACAGCCCCAGCCAGGAGCACCCCGCAGGCUGCCCUGGAUGCUUGUCAGUCAAAUGGGGUGAUCUCCUGCCUCCAGGGCCUGCCUUGUCUGGGAUUUCCAAGUCUAGCCCCCAAUAAGAGGGAAGUCCUCCCUGCUGCGGCAUGGCACGUCACCCUCGUGAUUGCUGGAAAGGUGCAUGGGCGGUGCCCAGCCGCCAGCUGCUCCCUGGGGGUAGAAGGGCCGGGUCCACCCCCUGAUCAGCCCUGGUCUGUGCCCAGCCGACAGCUGCUGUCCAGAUGUUUCAGAGCCUGGAGGCACAUGGCGCGGAGACGGCGGGCCGUGGCAGCAGCAGUGGCCCUGGGCCGCCGGCAGCUGUUGCGAAGGGGCUUUCGGGCACUGCGGUGGGCCCGGUGGCUCCGGGAGGCCCGGCUGGAGGCAGCAUGGGGACGAUUCACAAAGGCCCUGCUGGCCCGGAGCUUCUGAGAGUGGAGGAACCUGGCUCUGCAACAGGAGCAGGGGAAGCAUCCCAUCCAGCCUGGGUCAGGACUCCCACCCCCCAGGGGGGGCCAGGGCCAGGGCCCCUCCUUGGGGAGGAAGGCAGUGGUGGACCCUGCCCAGAGGACCAGGCUCAAGCACUUUAGCCCAGGGAGUCCGAGGGAGGAGGAGGCGAGAGCCCAGCACAUUGGGUCCCAUCCUGGGCAGAGACCAGACGGUGAAGUCGGGAAAGUCCAGACGCUGCAGGCCCUGCGGCAACUGGCUGUCUUCCUCCUGUGGUGCCAUCAGAAGGAACAGGCCAGGCAGGACAGGGGGGUCCCGGGGGAGGCCACCGGGGCCACGCAGAAGACCUGGAGGACAGGGAGGCCCCCCCAGGCCUGGCACUGUCAUGCUGCCCACGCAGCCCGUGUGGACCCCCAGCAGCAGAGAGCCUGGCUGUGCAGGUGCUUUGGGGCCUGGCAGUGGUUUGUGCAAAGAGGGUCCCAGUACCGGGACCACCUGGCUGACCGCCGGGCGGGGAUCCUGAGGACAUGCCUGGGACGGUGGGUGCAGAUGAAACAGCUCCGGGUCUCAGAUGCGGCAAAGGUGACCCAGCUGUCCCUCUGCCUGCAGAAGGCAGGGCACGUGGCCCUCCGCAGCUCAGCCCCUGGAGCCACCAAAGCGCAGGGCCUGGGGACAGCGGCCCAGGCGCAGAGGCUGUCCCAGGAGCAAGGCCGGGGCUCCCUGCAGGAUGCCUGCCGGAGACUGGCCCUCCACCGGGCGCUGCUGCUCUGGAGGACGCGGCUCUGCCAGCGCCAGCGGGCCAACUCCUUCUUCCAGAGCAUGCGGCACCGGCUGAUGCGGUGCAUCCUGAGGUGGUGGCGCUUGAGGGUGUGGGGCCCGGGGUCCCCGUCAGGCUGUGCCAGGAUCGCCUUGGUCCUGGAGCCACCGGGCAGCGUCCUGGGAGGGCAGGCCUCGCUGGGCCGCAGCACACCCUGCAGCUCACUGGAGAAGCUGGGCAGCAGCAGGGGCUGUGCCUUCUGCUUUGGCAGGUGCCGGCCCAGCAGUCCCCGGGCGCCGGGAGGUGGUGCCAGCGCACCCUCCAGAGGCGAGAGGUGUUUGGCCCCUCCAGUCCCCAGCAAUCCACCCUCCCCCAUGGCGGGAACAGAGAGAAGAGUCACCCUGGGCCCCUUCCUGCUGCUGAGGGGAGGGGAGAGGAGGGCUGGGCUGGCCUGGGUGGCAGUGCCCAUCCUCAGGGUGGACACUCCCCUUCCCAGCGUCCUCCUCAGCUGGAGCCACUGGGCCACAGCCCAGGCGGCCCGGAGAGAGCUGGCAGCCUGCUGGGCCUGGCGUCGGAGCUGCAGGGCUGCGCUGUGCCUGUGGCGGCGGCGGCUGGCGCAGUGGCAGGAGGCGGAGCGGUGGGCUCAGGAGCGGGGCUGGCGACUGGCGCGUGACGCCCUGUGCUGCUGGCGCUCCUGCUGGCAGAGGCAGCAGUUCCUGCGUGAAAAGUACCAGAGGUGGGUGCAGGUCCACCUCCAGCGCCUGCAGAGGGCUGUGUUCCAGGGUUGGCAACAAGCGACGGUUCGUCGGGGACACACGGUGGCCCGGCCAGAGCAGCUGCCACUGCAGAGCUACUUCCAGGCCUGGCGUGAGGUUGUGAGAGACCCAGGGGCGCACCAGGCCCGGCAUCGAGACUUCCAGGAUGGCCUGCAGGGAAGGGCACUGGCAGCCACGCCGCCCACGUGGCGGGAAGCCCCUGCGGCUGCAGCCCGGGCACAGGAGCAGCUCGUGGCCCAGGCCUCCCUUGCCCGCUGGAGAAGCCACGUGCAGCGGGGCCGGGCAGACAGGCAGCUGAGGAGGGCCCGGGCCUGGCAGGCCUUCAAAGCAUGGCGAGUGGCCCUGGGCUGGCACCGUGGGGCCCAGCAGUCGGCAGAAUGGACAGCUGGGGCCCGGACAGUCCUGUGCUGUUCCCCGGGGGUGUGCCAGUUGCGCCUUGGCCAGUCCAGCAGAGCCCACACUGCCCGAGAGCUGAGUGCCCGGGUCCUGGCCCUGAUGGCCCUGGGUCUGGGCUCAUCCCUCACCCCCAGGAUUUUAGAGGCCUGGGCCCAGUCGGUGGCCCAGGGCCGUGUCCAGCGAGCUGCUGUCACCCAGCUCCAGCAGGCUGGGCUCAGGCGCCUCCUGCAGACCCACUGGGCACAGUGGCAGACAGCACUGCUCGGAGUGCGGCCGGACCAGCGGGCUGCGGCCCAGGAAGCCAGCACGGUCUGCCCCAGGCCCCGGGCCAGCCUUAUGCACUGGCCCAGGAUGGCCAGCAGGGGGCACCUCCUGCUGCUGCUGGACACCCCAGCCCCUUGGAAGCAGGAGGCCCUGCUACCAGGCGCAGGGCAGGGCAGGAAAGGACAACCCCACCCCCUGGCCUGGGCCCCAGGAGGCCCAAGCCUGCUGGGUUCAGGUUUUCCUCUCUGGCUGUUCCCUCAGACCCGUAGCUGCUGGACACAGGCCAGAGGGCCAGUGCUGCCGGGGCCAGCACUGCAGCACAGCCUCGGUGGACAGUGGAUGCAGAGGGAAACUUCCUGGGCUCAGAGCUGGUUGCAGUGGCCGGGCCGCUAUAGCUGGGCCCCAGGCCCGCCCCUGGCGGGACCGGGAGGGCACUGCAGCCCUGAGCCCAGGGCCCUCAAAGGCCAAGGUUGGGCCCAUAAAAGGAGGCUGGGGGUCCUGGAGGAGCAGCCCCAGGCCCGUGGCUCUGCCCUUCUCCUGGCCAUGAAGGUUCCUGAUGCUCUUGCCCAUCAGGAGGAAGUACCUGCAGUGCUGGCGCCCUGAGGCACCGCAGGGCUCCCAGCCGGCCAGGCGCCUGGCAGCGAUGUGGAAACGCCAGGUGGAUGCUCAAGGGGCGGAGCAGCUGGCACAGACCCUGCUCAGGGAGUGGCACCUGAGAAGGGCCUGGCGGACGUGGCGGCACCGGAUCCUAAGACUGCGGGUGGCUCAGCGGCUACGGCAGCAAGAAGACAGUGGGCCUUUAAGAAGUGGCAUCAGCGCCUGGCAACCAGGAGCCCAAGGAGAGGAGCCGCCAGCAGCCCAACACCCCUGAGCAAGCCAGGCCCCGGGGGGCCCCUGGAGCAGGCGGGAAGCUCCCGAGUCCCCAGGGGUGGUGGGCUUGGGGGCUGCAGCUGUAACUUGUUCCCAUAGAAUAAAAUGCAGAACUAGGAAAAAUAAAAAAUAAGAAAG